AGAAUAAAUAUAUCUGUUCAACUUCAAGACAUAACAAUUUUUUUUUUUUUUAACUGCAAAUCACAUAGCUAUUACUUAGCACGGAUUUAAUUCAUACAAAAAAACAACAACGGGGUAGCGGGUAAAAUGAGGUUUUGCUACAAGAGUGAGACGGGCGCCGCCGUCCUCAGCAUAUGUGCCCUCGUCAGUUGCUUUUUAGUCCCCAAACGCUACAUUCCUGUUGUCAUCCCGUUGUGGGCGGCUGCAGGACGCUUUGUCGCUAGAGGUGCAAUCAAUCAUGCGCGUCCGGUGAACGAUGCCGACCCUGCGGAGAGGCAGGCGAAGGCGCGCUUUGUGAUGUCGCGCGACAUGCCGCUGGAGAAGCGUCCUGUGGCCAUCGUGACAGGGACGAACAGCGGCAUCGGAUACUGGACGGCUGUGGGCCUUGCGGCGGAGGGCUACGAAGUCAUCGUGACGUGCCGCUCAGCAGCGCUGUCGGUGGAGACGGCCGAAAAAGUACGCGCUGAGGCGGAGAAGGAGCGCCGCGCUCACCCGCAGAAGUACGCGCACUCUCCCGAGAAGGUGCUUGUGCAAGCGAAGAUGCCGGUGGAGUGCGACAACUUCGACAGCGUGCGUGCGUUUGUGGCUUGGGUCUUGAUGGCGUACGCGUCGCGCAACGUUCAGGUGCUCGUGAACAACGCUGGCGUGAUGCGCACCGACAUCGCGUUCUCCAGUUUCCACCCGAAUUUGGAGCUUCACACCGCCGUGAAUUUCCUUGGUCCUCUGCUGCUGACGGAGCUGCUGCUGCCGCUGCUGGAGAAGAACGGAGGCCGUGUGGUGUACGUGUCGAGUGAAGCGCACCGCUUCCCACAGGGUCUUUUGGACACUGACCGGUUUGGCACGUGGAAGUCUGUAAACAGCUAUCCUACCUGCACCGGACUGGCCGGGGGCAAGCUGCUAAUGGCUCUGCUGCAGUUAAACCAAAGCGCGGAGAAGUCUUCCGGCCCUUUCCAUACCACAACGUUCGGUGUGUCUCUUUGCCGCUACGGCGCGAGCAAACUGCUCAACUCCUACCACGCACACGUGAUCGCGCGACGCUACGCGGUCGGUGGCUCGAAGUCCGGUGCUCUUGGUGUGAAUGCCUGCUCUCUGCAUCCUGGGUGUGUCGCGACCAGAAUCUCCCGCAGUAUAUUAGGCUCCUUUGUAAGUGCCGUGUUUGCCUGGGGUUCGCUUUUGUUUUUGAAGACGUGCUGGGAGGGCGCACAGACCACGCUGCAUUGCGCGAUGUGUCCGCACGAGGAGCUGGAGUUGGUUGAUCCGUCCGGCGCGAAGGCAACGGCCAGUCCUGACGCUGUGAGCCCCUACUUCGUGGAAUGCGCUGACAAAACUUGCGGCAUGCUGCUCGCGUACGGCUGGGACCUGAAGGAAGCAGAGACCAUCGUGGAUUGGGGCAAGCAGCAGGUCGGCCUGCUGUAA